AAUGCAUUCAAUACUGAACUUAAAAGAACGCAAUGUGUCCAUUUGUUUUCUACUUCGAUAACGUCAUCUUCCCCCAGUCCUUUCGGCGGUGUUUGAGUUGUUGGUUUUAUCGAUUAGAAUUGUGUUGCAGUACAGCUGUUCUUUUUGUACCUUAAUAUUUGCUCGCACCGCACGAUAACAUAAAUUUCAGCUGUUUAUCGGUUCUCUUUUGUAGUUGUUUCAGUAAGGCGAACAAGGAAGCUGAAAGAUAGAACAAUACAUUUGGCACGAAAUGUGGCUGUUACCGUACAUGGCCGUCUCCUUACUAACAAUCUUACAGUUCUUUGUUGUAUUUGCGUUCUUCGCCAAACGGCGAAGACGAGCGCGGAGCCGUAAGAAUACCGCGUUUGACGUUUGCGUAAGGAUUAACCGCAUUUCUGGGUCAUGUUUUCGCUAAAUAGGCUACAGUUCCACUAUUUCCUCCCACACAUACUUCACGAUCAGACGAGUCACUGGCGAAGGCGAUAUGCCAGAUUGUAGAACCAGGCUAGAAACAUUUGGCCCGUCAAAAUGUGUCCGCGUAAAACAUUGCCGUGUUCAUUUUACGCACAGAUAUUAUGCCACACAAAUAGUCUACAGUUAUCCGAUUUCAGAACUGUCGUGUUGUACUGGGUCUAAUAUAAAGCGUAGAUAGUUUCGAAAAGUUGAGCUGCCUUUUCCCUGUGAGUUAUGCUGGGUGCCAUUGGGUGUAUCUCGAAGACGCAAUGGCUUUGGUUUGACAGACUUGCACAAUGACCUCGGUGAUUCCAUGCUUGAUUUGCUCGUGAAUGACUUGGUUACUUGGUUAAAGUGGGAGAAAGGAACACACAGUGACAUGACAUGAACUAGGCUUAUUACACAAUCACUCGGGUUACAUGAAUAACUGCUGCGCUUGGUGGCCAUCGCUGCAACACUUUUUUGGAGGGAAUAUUGUCGAGAACAGAGCUGUCAUCAACUGACAAGACUGUUGCCCAUUAGUCUGUCCGUGUCCGUGUUCUUCCAGCUCCAUCUCCGGUGCAGAGACAUCGAGUGGAGAGACCUCUAGGAACGCGACGCCUGAACGCUCCGCACGCACCGCACCGCACCGCACGUCGUCCUGAGUCAUACUUGGUGACCUCUGACCUCUGUCAAGGAGUAACUUGUUUUUUUGGCGACCCUGCCCUGCUUCUGUUCACCUUAGGCCCCUCUCUCUCCGUCUGGACUCGGCAUUUCAAUGCACGUCAUGGAUAACCUGUAGCCUCGGCAAGUUGGCAACAAAACAUUUGUGAUCAAGACCAAUGGUUUUGCAGUGUCCACCACUUUCUUUCUAGACCCUGUUAUGUCAUUGCUUCAGCUCUUUGGAGUAAACAUGUUGAGUUGGUAAUUUAACUCGUUUUUUUGGCGCUUUCACAUCCCUCACAAUGGCUACCAACUAUUCAAAGCAAAGACUUUCCUGCAUCUUGACCGUGUAAAUAAUGUAAUUUAACCCAUUUUUUGCCCCUCAAAUGCGCUGUGGAUUUGCCACGCUAAUGGCGAUUUGUUUUGUUUUGUAUCCUGUAUUUUGCCUUCAUUUCUGUGACUGCCUCAAGACCUAACUGUGCUCUGGUAUUGGGAAGCCUGAACAUCAGAACACAGCCAUGGGUAAAAAGCGGAUUUCUCUGUUUCUCUGCCGUUAAACAAGACGCUGCUCAUUCUGCUCUGGAUACAUCUCCUCCCCCUUGAGAAGAAAAGUGUGACUCUCUGCACCGCUGAAACAGGAGGCAUCCAUUCCUAAACCUCAAACUUAGUUUAGAAAGGACUCAGACAGUUGUGAGUGACCGGUCACCUCUACUGGACUAACUGACAGCCAGCAUCUGAACUGUUGGCAUAAUGGAUCCUGCACAGAUCAGCAGCAGCAGCAGCAACAACAGGCAUGCCACAAUAUCCAUCUCUCUAGGUGGAGACUGAGUAGUAAACCCCCCCAAACCAGAGACGGGAACCUGCUCAGUCUUGGCUCAGGAAAGGAAACAGCCUCGUUGUCCUGACGGAUGCCCACCAGACUGUGGUCUGUGAUCCAUGGUCCAUUAGGAUAUGACAACGUCACCUCACCAUAGAACUUAACUUCUCAGCCCCCACGUCGUUUCCCCGGUGACCAAUCCAAGAACCUCAGUUCUCAGGGUUUUUUAUUUUAUUUUAAAUCAUCUCUACCCUUUCUGUUGCCCAGUCCCUUUGCUCCUCGCACUCUUCCGCCCUCCUCCUCCUCUAUUAUAUUUUUCCAUCCCCCAGUUUGUUACUGAGCCCUUGCUCUUCUUGCCAUUGCGCUGGCGAGCGGGGGGGAGGAUGCAGGUGCCGCCAGCAGGGGGUCGUCGUCGUUGUCGCCGGCAACCGUAAGGAGGAGGAUGUACAACUCGUGCACGCCGCCCGCCGGCAUGACGGAGUGCAAGGCAGAGGUGACGCCGUCCACGCACAACGGCCACCGCGUCUUCAGCUACACGCUGGAGAGCCACACGGCCGCCGCCUUCGCCAUCAUGAACGAGCUGCGGCUGGAGCGCCAGCUGUGCGACGUCACGCUGCGCGUCAAGUACAACGACCUGGAGGCCGUGGACUUUGUGGCGCACAAGGUGGUGCUGGCCUCUUCCUCACCCGUCUUCCGCGCCAUGUUCACCAACGGCCUGAAGGAGUGCGGCAUGGAGGUGGUGCCCAUCGAGGGCAUCCACCCAAAGGUGAUGGACCGCCUGAUCGAGUUUGCGUACACGGCCAGCAUCUCGGUGGGUGAGAAGUGUGUGAUCCACGUGAUGAAUGGCGCCGUGAUGUACCAGAUCGACAGCGUGGUGAAGGCCUGCUGUGACUUCCUGGUGACGCAGCUGGACCCUAGCAACGCCAUCGGCAUCGCCAACUUCGCCGAGCAGAUCGGCUGCACCGAGCUCCACCAGAAGGCGCGCGAGUACAUCUACAUGCACUUCAGCCAGGUGGCAACCCAGGAGGAGUUCUUCAACCUGUCCCAAUGCCAGCUGGCCACCCUCAUCAGCCGCGACGAGCUCAACGUGCGCUGCGAGUCCGAGGUCUUCCACGCCUGCGUGGCCUGGGUGCAGUACGACCGCGAGAACCGCCGGCCGUACGUGCAGGCCCUCCUCCAGGCCGUCCGCUGCCACUCGCUCACGCCUCACUUCCUGCAGCUGCAGCUGGAGCGCUACGAGUGGGACGCCCAGUGCAAGGACUACCUGGCGCAGAUCUUCCAGGACCUCACGCUGCACAAGCCCACCAAGUGCAUCCCGUGCCGCACGCCCAAGGUGCCGCAGCUCAUCUACACGGCCGGAGGCUACUUCCGCCAGUCGCUAAGCUACCUGGAGGCCUACAACCCGUGCACGGGCGCCUGGCUGCGGCUGGCCGACCUUCAGGUGCCCCGCAGCGGGCUGGCGGCCUGCGUCAUCAGCGGCCUCUUCUACGCCGUGGGUGGACGCAACAACGCGCCCGACGGCAACAUGGACUCCAACACGCUGGACUGUUACAACCCCAUGAACAACUGCUGGCUGCCCUGCGCGCCCAUGAGCGUGCCGCGCAACCGCAUCGGCGUGGGCGUCAUCGACGGCCUGAUCUACGCCGUGGGCGGCUCGCACGGCUGCAUCCACCACAACAGUGUGGAGAGGUAUGACCCCGAGCGAGACACCUGGUCCCUGGUGGCCCCCAUGCAGACGCGGCGUAUCGGUGUGGGCGUGUCGGUCAUCAACCGCCUCCUGUACGCGGUGGGAGGCUUCGACGGGACGCACCGGCUCAGCUCGGCCGAGUGCUACAACCCCGAGAGGGACGAGUGGAAGGAGGUGGCCUCAAUGAACACUGUCAGGAGCGGGGCAGGUGUUUGUGCUCUUGGCAACAACAUCUACGUGAUGGGCGGCUACGACGGAACCAACCAGCUGAACACGGUGGAGCGCUACGCCGUGGAGACGGACACGUGGAGCUACGUGGCGUCGAUGAGACACAGGCGGAGCGCGCUGGGAGUCACCGCCCUGCAUGGCCGCAUCUACGUCAUGGGCGGCUAUGAUGGCAACACGUUCCUGGACAGUGUGGAGUGCUACGUCCCGGAGACGGACACGUGGUCGGAGGUGACCAAGAUGACGUCGGGCCGCAGCGGUGUGGGAGUAGCCGUCACCAUGGAGCCCUGUCAGAAGCAGCUCAGCCAGUGCAGUCACCAGAAGCACUAGUGCCUCUCCUCACCUCACCUCACCUCUCCUGUAAGGCCUUCUUUUGGGAUAGGAUAGUGAGAGAGGGAGAAAGACGGGAAACGAGUGGGGAGAGAGAGAGAGAGAGAGAGAGAGAGAGCUGGGUAAGGAUCAGCAAAGGACCUCAGGCUGGAAGGGAACCUGGGUCGCCGGCGGCGUAAUGGCAUCUUGGCCCAUCGAGCCACCUCGCCACCCUCUCUCGGCCCUUCUUCACACCCAGGCCCUUGAUUCCCUACCACCAAUGCCCUCUCUCCAAAUCCAGAUUUUUUUUUUCUUUUUACACUUUAUUUGAUAGGACAGUGUGAGAGGUUGACAGGAAGCGAAUUUGGAGAGAGAGACGGGCAGGUUGUUGCCGGCAAAGGACCCGGGCUGGGAAUCGAUCCCGGGUCAGCCGCAUGGCAGGCGAGUGCCCCACCGGUUGGCCAAGGCAGGGCCUUACCUGCCCUCUCUCCGAAUUGAACUGUCCUGCUGUUCCUUUGAGCUCAGCGUCCUUCCCUCCCCCUCUUUCUCCCUUCUCUCUUGUUUUCCCUCUGUCUGUUCAUCAUCCUCUUGACUUGGGUGCGUACUCCCACACGUCAAGCCUCGAGCCCCAAUCACUGCAUUUGCGACGGUGCAAAUUCAAAAAAAAACAUCAAAAUUGAUAGCAGCGCACCUACCAGGGCACAGGACAAAUUUCUGCUAACCAGAAUGCAUAGUGAUUUUUCAUUCAUUGCACCUUGUUUUGUUUAGAUUUUUUUUUCUCCUUUAAAAAACCAAAAAAAAAGAAAAAUAUUUUUUUGUCUUUUUGACUUUAUUCAUGAUAGUACAGUGCAGAUGGUCACAGGAAGCGAGUUGGGAGAGAGAGAGAGACGGGGAAGGCUCGGUAAAGGAACCGGGGUCGGCCACAUAGCAAAUGAGUGCCCUACCAUAUGCGCCACAGUAGGGCUUUUUUCCCCUUUUUUGAGCCUCAGCAAUGCUGUGAUCGUCCCUUGGCCAUAACUGCUGUUCUCAUCACAGGGUAACGGGCGGCCCACCUCCCCCCCGCCGCCUCCAGAAUAGUCUGAAAGGGCUUCUCUUGGAGAGCGCCCGGUCCAGUCGGCAUUGAGAAGAACCCAUUGAGUUCCUACAACCUCAAGAUGAGGCUUUAUUUUUUCAUUGGGUGAAUUGCUUACUCAGUCGAGGAUGAGAUCCCAAAGCGCACUUAGUGUGGUGUCGGGCACGAGACGGAAAUCAUGAGGGCUUUUUCACAGUUGAACAAAACUGAAGAAAAAAACCUGAUCAAAAAACUGAUCAAAAUAAGACUAUGCCAUGUGUGUGUUCUCCUGACAGAUUGACCUGUAUUCCGAUCCUUCUUUUCUUGAUUUCUUUUGGUUUUUGUUUGUCAUGUCACGUUAUGUCAUGUCCAACAUGGUCUCAGGUUUGUGAAUGAGCUCCAAGAGUUCAGUGUCUCAUCAACCAAAUGGAAAGGCCUGCUCAAAAACAAAAACAAUACGCUGUGCUCAGUUGUCUGGUUUCAUCAGUUUGGUUUAAGGAAAUGAACAUUUAAAACCAAACUUUUGAGGGCUUCUUCUUCUCUCAUCUUUGUAUUUCCUUUCCACACCUCCACCUCCUCCUCCUCCUCCUUACCUUCACUAUUGCGAAGUGCCAUUACCUGUGCGACUGUGCACUACCAGUAUAUGAUCCACACUCACUCUGCCACACACAGAGUGCGUUACAAUAUGCGACCUUGCCUCCUCCACUUGUGCUUGUUUCCUCGCAGCGCCUCCUAGCCCCUCCUCCGUGCAGAAAACGAUGAAGUUUCCCAGCUGUCAGUCGAGCCGCAACAACUUUUGAGGGACUGUUUUUCACUCACCAUCCCAAUUGCAAAUGAGAAAAAGAGUUUACAAUUGAGCUUUUGCAAGAUAAUGAAAUAUAAUGCUGUUGUCAGUGAUGUCAUCAUGACAUAUUACUUCCUGGUACGAGAAGACGAGCACAAGUGGAGGAGGCAAGGCCGCAUAUUGUAACGCACUCCUAGAUCCAUUGUGACAAAGAUCGAUGGAAACAAAAACCAUCGUGAGGUUUUCCCUUCUUCGACCAAGACCCAAGGAGAAAAGGACGUUCUUGCUGCUUGUCAUCCAUUUGUACAGAUGCAGCUAAUAUCUCUGAAGCCUCUCAAGUCUUCCACUACCAGCACCAAAUGUAGCGUCGGCGGGCACCACUAAUAACAGGGGUGCGUUUCUGGAAAUUGCUAACUUUGUCAGCUACUUUGUUGGUUGCAAUGCAAUUUCCCAUUGGCAACUACCGAAGUUGCUAACUGCUAACAGCUACGCUUUCCAGAUAUGUACCCCAGAGCUGUUAAAGAAAAGUAAGUAGAAGUUGUUAAGAAAGUGAAACCCCUGCUACGUUUUCCAUCCAACCUGCUCAGAGUCACCUGAUUGGACCGCAAGGCAGGUAGAACAGUGUAAAGUGUCGAGGCCAGCUAGCAGAGUGUGGUGUGGAAUGUUAGUAAACCUCUCUCCCAUAGCCUCAUACAGUCAGGGGUGUAGUGGGCGUGGUACGUAGGGGUACGCAGUCCACCCACUUCUCCUGAGGUGAGAUUUUUUUUUUUUUAAAUUUUUAUUCUGUCCGUGCUUGAAUACAAAAAGGGGGUUGACAUGAUAAGUUGGCUAAUUAAUUGAUGACGUCACAAAUCGCGUAUCCCCACUUUAAAAAUCCCCACUAAACCACUGCAUACAGUGGGCAUUUCUCAAAACCUAGUGCAGUGCACUUCCAAGUGUUUCAGCCUAAUUAGUCACGCCCAGUGAUUGGAUACUCUUUGGUGAACUGUAUGGAAUAUCAAAUCACUGGGUGUGACUAAUUAAGAGUAUCCAAUCACUGGGCGUGACUAAUUAGGCUGAUACACUUGGAAGUGCACUGCACUAGGUUUUGAGAAAUACCCAGUAUUGGUAGCGCUGAGGUGUGGGAUCGGUCCUUUAGCUCAGCGGGUAUCGUGCUGUAGCCUCCCAUGCCUGAACUGAGUGUUGACCAGGAGGUGGCGGGUUCGAGCCCCGAGUUGCGGACUGCGCAGGAACACUUCAGUUACACUGGUGCUGCGGCGCUGACCCGGGAUGGGAGUAAGGUUUAGGGGGGUGAGUGUAAUAGAGGCCAACUAGCAGUGUGGCAUUGAGCGUUGACUAGGAGGUGGCAGGUUCGAGUCCCAAGUGGCAGACUGCGCAGGAACACCUUGGUUAUAUCAGCCAUGCAGUGAAGUCCCCUGUAGUGCAAGGGAAACGUGCCGGGACAGGAGUCGAACCGGCAACCUUUGGGCUACAUAUCGGACGCCCUAACCGCUUAGUUACCCAUGACUGCCCUAGGAAACGUGGCAGGGUUUUUUAACUUUCUUUGACAAACUUUUUUGACAGCUCAUAGUGUGUGAAUGGCGCUGCCAGAAGACGGCCCCGGAUCUGAUCUUUCCAUUUACUUCAAGAGACGUGAAGAAGAAAAAAAAACUUCACCACACUGAAACAAACCACACUGACCUCCUCAAUAAAACUUCUGGGCUUUUUGUUUUUUUACACAAAUGCAACGACCUCUGAAAUUACCUUCAUUUGAUUUUUUUGUCUUUUUCUAAAGAGACUUCAAAUAAAUAUUUGUGAAUGGACAUGGAAACAGUAAAAAAAAAAAAAAUAAUAACAAAGGAAUCGUAUUUGUAACAGCAGUUUAAGCUAGUAUUUUUUCCAAGACGUUUUGUACAUUGAUAUUACACAGUCUUGUACAGUUCUAACGCUUCAUAUUUUUUUUAUUUAUUUGGGGGUUUUGGCCUUUUAUUUUUCUUUUGCUUGGACUUGGCUCACACUUUGUAACGAAUAGGACUGUUGAAUUUCUCUCUGAGCAUGUUGUAUGUAGAAGAUGCCAGCAAUGUAUGCCUAUUCGGCAUUUAAUUUUGAAAAGGGAUGCCUUUUAGUAGGUAAAUAUUAAAGAAUUGUUUAAAGAUUGCUUUGUAAAAAAAAAAAAAAUACGGCCAGACACUGUACAAAAGCAUAAUAAACAUUUUUAUUGUGAAGCGA